CCCGGCAAGCGACCGUCGAGCGCAGCGACCAACAUAAAGCAUUCAUAAUGUCGUGCCAUGCAAUGCAAAACCAAGAAAAAUGGUACGAAUUUCUCGACCUAUACAGAGAAAAUACCUGCUUAUGGGACAUCCAAAGCAGUUCAUACAUGCGGAGAGAUCUAAGAAACGCAUCUUAUAACGUGUUACUGGAAAAAUAUAGAGAAAUCGAGCCGAGCGCCACGCUGGACAUGGUGAAGAGAAAGAUUGAUAUAUUCCGAACCGGUUAUAGAAGAGAGGUUAAAAAAAUAAACGAAACUAGACUUAAUGCGACGUCGGGUUACGAAUAUAAACCAUCACUGUGGUAUUUUGACAAGAUGACUUUUCUGGAUUUCCAAGGAGAUAUUUCUGAUAUUAAAGAUUCAUAUGAAUCGGAUGACCAGCAAGCUAUUGAAUAUAUCGAUAUUCCCGAAGAAUACCCAGAAGAAGAAGAGCCAGACCCAGUUGUAAAGUACAGACUCAAGAUGAGAAACAUGAACCCUCGUCCGCGGCCCCGACAGCGACCGUACGCAAGAGAGAAACAAAACAGUCCCCCCUGUGACAGCAAGCAGCCAUCCUCCUCUGGCGAAUCGGAAGACGACUGUGCUAGUUAUUGCACUAAUCUUAAACUACAGAUGAGAGGAUUGGACACGCAGCAGAAGUUCAUUGCGCAGAAACUGAUUUCAGACGUCAUUUUUUUGGCCAGGACAUCACAACUCACUCUAGAUUCGUCUAUUCUCAUUGAUAGCCAGUGGCGGAUUUCCCAUAAGGCACAGUAGGCACGAGCCUAGGGCGGCGAGAUAUUAGGGGCGGCAAAUUGUGACAAAAAAUUCGCUGAUGAUAACAAGAAAUAACUCAAAAUUACGCCAGGCAACGAAUUCUCGAAAAAGGUACCUAU